AUGUCAGAGGCGAAGGUGACAGAGGCGUCCGAGGCGCUGCUGUCCUUCCUCCGCGACACGCUGGGCUCUGCGCCGGAGCAGCUCUUCGCGGGCGCGCCGCUCCGCUCGCACCUCGACCAGGUGCGCGGCCGGAUCGAGACCGCCGAGGCGGAGAUGGUCGAGGUCGUCAACCGGCUACUGGCGGAGGCGCGCGUGGCGCUGCUCUCCCCGCCCUCCCGCUCGCGCGAGAUCGGCGCCGACGCGGACGAGGGCGGCGAGGCGGCGCGAGGGGGAGGCACCGACCAGGACGACGAGUUGGCGGAGGCGCUGCGGCUGCCGCGGGGCCGCGUGUCCGAGCUCUGCCGCUGCUGCCUCGCCGCGGCGGCGCUGGUGCGGGGGCGCGGCGCGCGGCUGCUGGUGCGGCGCGCGCGAGAGGUGCUCGAGCUUUUCGUCGCUCUUGCACCCACGCGCGUGUCGAGCCCGGCGGCGGGCGCAGCGGCGCAGCGGGCGACACACCAACUGGUGCGCGAGCUGGCGCUGCUGCGGCCGCAGUGGUGCGAGACGCUGCCGCGCGGCGUCGCGCUGUCGAGCGUCUCACGCCUCGCCGAGGCAAUCUCAGCGGUCCUGCGGCCGCUGUACGAGAGCCUGGUCGCCCUCCGCCACAUCUCCGAGCGAGACAGCCGCGCGCUGCACAAGGUGCUCUCCUUCCUGCUGCCCGCCUGCGAGCAGCUCCUCUCCGCCGCGGCGCGAUCCCCCCUCGACGGGCGCUGCGAGCACCUCGUCCCGUCGCUGCGCCGCUGCCGCCAGCUCGGCCGGCUACUCGACGCGCGGCUGGCCGAGGUGGUGGCGUGGUGGGGCGAGGGCGAGCUCGACGCGAUCUCGGCGCGCGACCUGCUCGUGCUGCUGCGCGCGAUCUGGAACGAGGAGGCGCUCCUCGCCAACGCGCGCGAGAUGCACCGCGCCCUCGUGGCCGAGGCGGCGCUGUAG